AUGGCUGAAUAUUUCCGGACGUUUGUCUUAAGAUGCGCUCAGUUUAGAGACGAGGGUCAAUUCAUCGACGUCCGCUUAAAAGUUGGCGAGGACGUUCUUCAGGCUCAUCGCAUUGUGCUGGCUGCUCAUAGCGAUUAUUUCUGCGACAUGUUUAAGGAUGGAAUGUUGGAGGUAAUUGAACUGAAACAUGAAGGCAUUUCACCAGCUGCUUUAAGGGUUGUAAUCGAAUCCAUCUAUGAUAGAAAUAUUCGUAUCCACCUCCACAAUGUGUUUGAAGUUCUUGCAGGAGCAGAUCAUCUCAAAGUUUCCACCGUUGUCCAACAAUGUUGUGAUUUCCUGCAGAGAGAAUUUGUUCAGGAUCGGCUUGAUUUGCACAACUACUGUCUGAUCUUCGCGGCUGCCGACAGACACGGUCUGAAAGAUUUGAAAGAGGAAGCGGAACGAAAAUUGGCAUCGAUAUACAAAGACGUUUGUCAAAGCGAAGAAUUCUUGUCCAUUAUAGAACCAAACCAGUUAGUCAGCCUGCUCAGCCGAGAUGACCUCAGUGCACUGUCUGAGACAUUCGUCUUCGUUUCAGCGAUGCAGUGGAUUAAACACAAGAAGAAGGAGAGGAUGGCAUUUGCAGCCAAAGUUAUCGGAGCUCUUCGUCUGGGACUGGUGGACAUCAGAGUUGUGAUUGAAGAACUGAAUACAGAAGAGAUGCAGAGAUCCUGAGAUUCAUAAGCAAGUGUAUGAAUUGGCAAUCAACAAGCACAU